AUGGCUAUAGCUUUGCCAAAAGGCUUCCGGCCACAGGCGCCACCAUUCAAACCAAUGCUUCUACCCUUUGCGACGCCGGCGCCUAGUAGUCCCUUCGGCGGCUGGAAACCAAUAGUUGGUGCUGCGAACGCACCAACUCACCGCAUUACAAUGCCACCGCCAACACCGCUGGCGCCACCGCCACUUGCCGUCCUGCAAGAACGUAUGGAUGCGGCGUCACAAGAGCAAAACAUCGGCGGACCACUGCUGGAGUCGAUUGUUUAUGGUACUUGGAAGCCAGAACGGCCAUUGGGACCUAACGAAACGCCAGCGCCCACCAGACGCGUCACUACUCCUGCGAAAGCAGCUCACAACCGUAAAGGACAACCACCUAACGCAAUAGAGGAACUGGGUGUUCAACAUCCGAUCGUGAACGCGCAACCAGACGCUGAUGAUGUAAUAUUGUUUCUGAAAAAUGGAAGUAGACGGGUUGCGGGAACCCGCGCACCUCACACCACCACAGUGCCGACAGAAUUCAUCAACGUCAAUAUAUCCGAUCCGCGUCUACUGGAAAUGGCGAAACAGAUAAAUGAUUCGUUUGGUGGAAUUGCAGCAUACACACACAAACCCAAAAAACCUACAUUACACGAACAAAGCGAAGAUACCACGCAGGAUGUCGGCAUUGAAAAUGAGAGCGCCGCCGAUGUGGAAACGGAAACGGAAAAUUUGCCAUUCGAUGUUAGCAAAGUGUGGCCAACAGAUUUCAUUGUUUCGGUGGAAAAGAACAGCAAUCAGAACUCUACACCUACUAUAAGUAAUAGGCUUUCAGCUGCCAAAUCAGAUGAAAUGACAGAGUCGUUGAAUGGUUUAAACCUACCAAAUGCGCUGUUACCGCAGAUUUCGCUCAACAUAACGAAAGUUGGUGUACCGUACGAGAAACAGAGCUCUGCCGAGAACCCCACCAUUUGUGUACCGCUUACCGUACUAGAGCAGUUAAACCAAGUGGAGGUACUGGAGGUGGAACGAGUAUAUUGCUUCCCGCUGCCACCUACACACACACGACAUACAGGGACUCCUAAGCCGAAAGUUGCAAUAGCGAAAGUAGAGAAUUUUACAGAAUAUGAAGCCAUAAAUGCGUCAAAUAUGUUGAAUUGGAAUUCUACAUAA